AAGGCGCAUGCGCACUAGUAAGAGCCGCAAGCAGCACCCGGGGCGCAUGCGCCGCGACCGAGCGGGGACCGGGAGAAAGAGGCGCGAAGGAACCACGCACGCGCCCCACUGCUCGGGCUAGACGGGGCGCUGCGCACGCGCACAAUCCCUCGCUGGGCAACGGCGCCUGCGCAGAGCCGCUCGGAGGGCCGAGCCCACCUAGAGCGGAGCGGGCGGCGCAGAGCGGUUCCACUUCCGGGGGCGCCGGAGUUUUGUUUCCGGGCGGGGGGGGCAGCGGCGGCGGCGCGCGGGGAUGCCGGAGAUCGGGAUCCGCCAUGUGGUGUCCGCGAGCAGCGCCGACCCGACUCACUGCGCCGAGAACCUGCUCAAAGCCGACACCUACCGCAAGUGGAAGGCGGCGCAGGCGGGCGAGAAGCAGCUGUCGGUCAUCCUGCAGUUCGAGAAGGAGGAGCGGAUCCACAGCAUCGAUGUGGGCAACGAGGGCUCGGCCUUUGUGGAGGUGCUGGCCGGCAGCUCCGCCUCGCCCAGCGAGCAGGACUACGAGGUGCUGCUGGUCACCUCGUCUUUUAUGUCGCCCUCGGAGAGCAAGGCUGGCACCAACCUCAACCGGGUCCGGAUGUUCGGCCCAGACAAGCUGGUGAAGGCAGCGGCAGAGAAGAAAUGGGACCGGGUGAAAAUUGUCUGCACCCAGCCCUACACCAAGACCCUAGCAUAUGGGCUGUCUUUUGUGAAGUUCCACUCGCCACCCGAAAACAACGAAACCCAAUCAAAAUCUGCCUCCCCGAAGGUGACCAAGCUGGGCCAGUUUAAGGUGAAGGACGAGGACAGCAGUUCUGCCUCAAUGAGGCCCGGGGCCCUGUUCUUCAGCCGAGCUAGCAAACCGCUUCUCACACCGCCCAGAGCCCCGCAGACGGAGGAACCGUCCCAAAGCUACGCCGUGGCCACCCUCCAGGCCAGUACACCCAGCGCCGCCUCCUCCCCCUCCCCACCCGCCGCAGAGAAACCCACCUCCAGGACCUCCCCGAGCCGCGCUGCAGCCUCCCCCAAGGAUCCGGCUCCCACCAAGAGGAAGUUUGAGUUCAGCAAGGAGAACUCGGCCCCCCCCUCUGCUCGGAAACCUGACCCCGAGGCUCCCCACUCCAUGCAGCCAGCCCCCAAGAAGCCCAAAGCCCCGGAGCCGCCCCCCAGCAGGCUGCCGGCCCGCAAGAAGCAGCCGAAGGAGCCGUCGCCGGAGGGGGCAGGGGAGGAUUUUCAUAGGCUCCUGCAGGGGACGGUCUUCGUGCUGAGCGGCUUCCAGAACCCCUUCCGCUCCGAGCUGCGGGACAAGGCGCUGGAGAUGGGCGCCAAGUACCGGCCCGACUGGACCCCCGACAGCACCCACCUCAUCUGUGCCUUCGCCAACACCCCCAAGUACAGCCAGGUGAAGGGGCGCGGGGGCACCAUUGUGCGGAAAGAGUGGGUGCUGGACUGCCACCGGGCCCGGCGGCACCUGCCCUGCAAACGGUACCUGAUGGACGGUCCGCCUGCCUCGGGCAGCGAGGAGGAAGAGGAGAGUGAGGAAGAGCCGCCCGCCCGGCCCCGCAAGACCCCCUCCCCCCGACAGAGAGCCGGGCUGCCUAGCUCCAACCACCAGGGCAAGGCGCCUGCCAGGGCCCUGCCACCUCAGGGCGAGUCCUCGGGGGAGGAGACAGAGCCCGGCACAUCCUGGGCCAACGCCGGCAACUCGCGGGCCAGGGGGGAGAGCUCCCCAGCCUCCACGGACAGCGGGGAGCCCGCAGGGGCGAGAGACAGCGGGGAGGGCGACUCUGGCGACACAGACGACGAGCUGAGGAGGGUAGAGGAGGAGCACCGCAAGAAGCAGCAAGCGGGUCGGGAGGCAGCUCCGGACCCUGAUGACGACCCCUAUGGUGGGUCUACAGAUGAGAACACGGAUGUGGAGGAGGAGCCGGAUCAGCCCAUCCCGGAGCUGCCUGAUUUCUUCGUGGGCAAACGCUUUUUCCUCUAUGGCGAGUUCCCCUCCCAGGAGCGACGACUCCUGAAUCGCUACAUCACGGCGUUCAGCGGGGAGGUGGAGGGCUACAUGAACGAGCGGGUGAACUACGUCAUCACGGCCCAGGAGUGGGACGACACCUUCGAGGAGGCUCUGAACGACAACGCCAACCUCUCCUUCGUCCGCCCCCGCUGGAUCUACACCUGCACCGAGCGCCAGCGGCUCAUCCCGCACCAGCCCUACGUGGUGGUGCCGCAAGCCUAGGGCGGCGCUCGCAGAUCCCCCCAGCGCAGGGUGGCGCCGGCGCAGACUCGGGGCUGGGAGCCCCCCCGUGUACCUGGGUACGGACGACACGCUGGGCGGGGCGGUUUUAGCUGUUCCGGCCCCUGCCUGAGCCUCCUGUUCGCAUCAACGUCAACUGCAGGGGCUGAGCUGGGCUCUGUGCCGGGGCAGGGCCGCCCCACAUGUACCCACCCCCCGCAGCUGAUCUGACUCCUCCCCCAGCCAGACUCCCUGUUCCCCUCAAUAUACCUCUCCCCCCAAUCUGUGAGGCGCCCUCACCACCCAUCCCCUCAACCUCCUUUCCGCCAGCGCUGUCGUUUCGACCUGUUGGGUUAAUCCUGGAUUGACUCUGCUUCUCGCCAUUCGCCCGCCCUACAAUCACAUCCCUUUGAACGGGUGUCUGCAUCCGCCGGACCCCCCAUGUCCAGUCCCCUUCACCUGCGUGGGCCCCCUUUUCAGUUAAACCCAUGUGACUUGUGCUGGACAGAGUCUGUGACUGGGAGGGAGGAACCCGCGGGGCGGGGUUAGAUGCUAAACUCCAGAGAAUUUACAAACCCAGAUGAAAUGCAGGAAACCUUACCGCCCUGCCUUACCGCCCUGGGAACGGUGCAGCCAGGGACCGCUUGGCACCGUGAAUUUUCACCGAGCCACGGCGGUGGGUGAGUUCAGGUCUUACCAUUUGACUGCUCUGGGCAAGGAAAUUAAGCUGGUUAGUUUCCUUCUCUCCCUGGUCAGUUUCAGGCUGGGGGGAGGGGGACCUAGGUCCCUGUGUCUGGUCAGUUUCAGUCCUGCUCCCUGGUCAGUUUCAGGGUUGCUGUGUGCCUGUCUCCAUGGUUUCCCUUUCUCCUGCCCUAGAUCCUGGGGUGCUGUUUGUAUUGGGGGGGGGGGAGCUCUUUUCUACAACAUUUUCUUUGAGCAAAAUAAACGGCUUUCAGGUGAAGCUUGGUUUAAAAACUCCCUUUAACAGGGGGGUGAGUCUUGUCUCGCUGAGGCCCUGGUCUGGGCCCCACACUGAAUUUAGGCUGCAAGUCCUGGGCUCCCUCCCAUACAGCACAGUGGAGGAAUGGCCCUGGGGCAUGCUAGGGACCUUGCUCUAUCCCAGUGGGAUUCUUUGAAAGGGCCCCACAUUGUCCUUCGAAAGGAGACGUGCUGCUGAGCCUGUGCCCCCAUAAACCCACAUCCCCCAGGGAGCUGCUGCGGAAAAGGUACUGGCCCUGCUGCCAUGAACUCGAACCCCCCCCCCCCCGCAUUUGUUCAGGGAGCGGCCUCUGUAUUGAAACUCAGGACACGCGUGUGAUGAGCGGAGGCAUCUCGCUGAAUGGGGCUGGAGCUACUGCUCCACCCCUCAGCUGCUCUGGGUCUGCGUGACCCCCAUCUCCAGCCGUGGAGUCAUAACCCAUCCAUUCUCCCUCUGAGCUGUAGCCAGGGGUGGGGGUCUCCGCAUGUUCUGUCUGGCCUGGGCAGGGGAAUCCAGCAGGGGAACUUUCUCUCCUGUGCCCCACAGUGCUUUCCUGACUCAGACCAGCCAGGGGGAGAAGAGAGGGUGUGGGGGUCCUGAGCCAGAGCUCAGCUCAGCUGCUCCCCACACCACCUGGGGGGCCCUGUCCUUUGCUGCAUGGCCAGUGUGUAUCUUUCCUAAUUAAACCUGUUAAUGAGCCCAGCUGUGGCCCCCUUGUGUUGAUCUGACCCCACAGCUGCUAGGGAGUGGCAGAAACGAAGCAGUGGGGCUGAUAGCAGGGCUGAGACAGACCGAGAGGUAGGUCCAUGAACGGAGCCGGGGGGAGCCCGGGGCUGUUAUAGCAGGGGGCUGUGGGUUGGAAUUGAGGGGCACGCACGGACCGGGGAGGGGCCUGUUGAGCUGGAGUCUGGAACCUUUUCGGAGGGGCAGGGGCCGUUGUAGAGAAGUUGGGCUUUGGGGGAAUUCAAGACUUCCCAGGGGGUGCUGUGUGUAAGAUUGGGGGAGGGGGCAGUCAGCCCCUCCAGCAGAGGAUGGACAGACAGAGUCAUUACUUUUUUUAGAUUAAUGUACCAAAAAAAUAAAAUGAGCGAAUUCCCCCCCCCGCCCCCCGUCCUCCUCAUGGGGUGCAUAUAAUACGCUGGAAGACGCUUCUAUAACAGGGAUCAACCCCGCCCCAUGGCUUCAUCCCCUUUCCAGCCGCAGGAGCAGGUUGGGUUUGAGGUGCUUAUAACCUACAGGACCCAGAAAACAUCUCUGACUUGUACAGAGGGAGAGCAGGGGGCUGCGGGUCAGGAGUGAGGGGCACUGGCAGAGCUGUUGGGGGGCAUCUCAGGGCUGGGAUAACAGGGGGCUGCAGGUUAGGAUUGACUUUUGAAUGAAAAUCUGUCACCCCAGUAUGAAAUGGACCAUGAACUCCGAGGGCAUUAAUUUCCCAUCACUAGAAACCCAGCCCUCAAAUGCCAGAUUUUUUUAAACCUCAAAAUUUCUACCCAGCUAUUUAUCCCCCUCAAGGGUGAUUUAUUUUUACUCUGUUGUUUAGUAUUUUCUUUCUCUCAAUUCUUUUUGCAGAUUGGUUAAAUUUCACCUACAUGUUUAAAAUUAAAAUCUGGCUAAAGUUA